AAGUUUUACUUCCGAAAAGCCGCACAUUUUCUCCCUCUUUCUUUUCGCUUAGAACGCCAUCAUGGGUCGCAUGCACGCUCCUGGCAAGGGCCUGUCCCAGUCUGCACUACCCUACAGGCGCAGUGUGCCCACCUGGCUGAAGGUUACAUCUGAUGACGUCAAAGAGCAGAUCUUCAAGCUCGCCAAGAAGGGUCUUUCUCCCUCUCAGAUUGGUGUGAUCCUUAGGGACUCUCAUGGUGUUGCCCAGGUGCGCUUUGUCACUGGAAACAAGAUCCUGAGGAUCCUCAAGUCCAAGGGCCUGGCCCCUGACCUGCCCGAGGAUCUGUACCACCUCAUCAAGAAGGCUGUUGCUAUAAGGAAGCAUCUGGAGAGGAACAGAAAGGACAAGGAUGCCAAGUUCCGUCUGAUUCUCACUGAAAGCAGAAUCCACAGAUUGGCCCGUUACUACAAGACCAAGAGAGUUCUUGCCCCCAACUGGAAGUACGAAUCCUCUACUGCUUCUGCUCUGGUGGCAUAAGAGUCAUUUUCACCAAUAAAGAUCCAUUUGUAAGGAUCUUGUCUGCUGUGUUUUUGUUUUAAAGAGGUGGAGUUCUAUAAAGGGUGGUGAAAGUACACAUGUUAGUACUUAUAGUGAGAAAUAUAAACAUGUAAAGUGUUGGUUUCUUGAUUCAUGAGCUAAAAUAAAAGAUCCCAGAAAUGUU